CUCCAGGCUUCCCCGGGGCUCGGGGCGGGGGCCCCGCGGAGCGGAGUGGGGACCGGCCCGCCCUCCCCCAUCGCCCUGCCGCCACUCCGAGCCAGCAACGCCGCCGCCGCAGCGCACACGAUUGGCGGCAGUAAGCACACCAUGAAUGACCACCUGCACGUGGGCAGCCACAGCCACGGACAGAUCCAAGUUCAGCAGCUGUUUGAGGAUAACAGUAACAAACGGACAGUGCUCACGACCCAACCCAAUGGGCUCACCACAGUGGGUAAAGCGGGACUGCCAGGGGUGCCCGAGCGGCAGCUGGACAGCGUUCAUAGGCGGCAGGGGAGCUCCACCUCCCUGAAGUCCAUAGAAGGCCCCGGGAAGGUGAAAGCCAGCCCCAUGUCCCCUGAGCAAGCAAUGAAGCAAUACAUGCAAAAACUCACCACCUUUGAACACCACGAGAUUUUCAGCUACCCUGAAAUUUAUUUCUUGGGUCCAAAUGCAAAGAAACGCCAAGGCAUGACGGGUGGGCCGAACAACGGCGGCUACGAUGACGACCAGGGAUCCUAUGUGCAGGUGCCUCACGAUCACGUGGCCUACAGGUACGAGGUCCUGAAGGUCAUCGGGAAGGGAAGCUUUGGGCAGGUGGUCAAGGCCUACGACCACAAGGUCCACCAGCAUGUGGCCCUGAAGAUGGUGCGCAACGAGAAGCGCUUCCACCGGCAGGCGGCCGAGGAGAUCCGGAUCCUGGAACACCUGCGGAAGCAGGACAAGGACAACGCCAUGAACGUCAUCCACAUGCUGGAGAACUUCACCUUCCGUAACCACAUCUGCAUGACGUUCGAGCUGCUGAGCAUGAACCUGUACGAACUCAUCAAGAAGAACAAGUUCCAAGGCUUCAGCCUGCCGCUGGUCCGCAAGUUCGCGCACUCCAUCCUGCAGUGCUUGGACGCCCUGCACAAGAGCCGCAUCAUCCACUGUGACCUCAAGCCUGAGAACAUCUUGUUGAAGCAGCAGGGCCGGAGUGGCAUUAAAGUGAUCGACUUUGGCUCCAGCUGUUACGAGCAUCAGCGGGUCUACACGUACAUUCAGUCGCGGUUUUACCGGGCCCCGGAAGUGAUCCUCGGGGCCAGGUACGGGAUGCCCAUUGAUAUGUGGAGCCUGGGCUGCAUUUUGGCGGAGCUCCUGACAGGUUACCCACUCCUGCCUGGGGAGGACGAAGGGGACCAGUUGGCCUGUAUGAUUGAGCUGUUGGGCAUGCCCUCCCAGAAACUGCUGGAUACAUCCAAACGAGCCAAAAAUUUUGUGAGCUCCAAGGGUUAUCCCCGGUACUGCUCGGUCACCACCCUGUCCGACGGCUCCGUGGUUCUCAACGGUGGCAGGUCCCGGAGAGGGAAACUGAGGGGUCCGCCUGAGAGCAGAGAGUGGGGGAAUGCACUGAAGGGGUGCGAUGACCCCCUUUUCCUUGACUUCUUGAAACAGUGUUUGGAGUGGGAUCCGAUGGUACGCAUGACUCCCGGCCAGGCUUUACGGCACCCCUGGUUGCGGAGGCGGCUGCCAAAGCCUCCGACCGGGGAGAAGACGGCGGUGAAGCGGCUGACCGAGAGCACUGGUGCUAUCACGUCGAUUUCCAAGUUACCUCCACCUUCCAGCUCGGCGUCCAAGCUGAGGACUAAUUUGGCACAUAUGACAGACGCCAAUGGGAAUAUUCAGCAGAGGACAGUGUUGCCAAAACUCGUUAGCUGAGCUCAACCCCACAGACGCUGGUCAUCUGAAAGAUACGACCUUGCUGAGCCUUCCUGGGGUGUGAGAGGAGAGCAAACGCUCAGCCCUGUUUCUAUUUGCUCAAUGAUUUUACUCAUUUGUAUCCUUUCAGCACUUACUUUAAUGUAUGAACGUUGUUCAUUUUGUUUUUAUAAAAUACAUGGGGACAAUGCUUUAAGUUUUGAUACUUUCCAAAAUUCUUUUUUGUGCGCGUGCAUGCGUGUGUGCGCGUGUGUUCCAGAAGUGCGAUGAGCCUUACUGUAUUUUAGUGUGGCAGAGUAAGGAACGUCGGUGGCAGGCCAUUGAUUACAUCACGACUGCCGCGCCUUUCACAGAUGGGUGCCCCAGACCUUCGCUAAGGUCUCCUGGUUCUUCUCCCCGAGGUGGCUGUCCCCAGCCAUCCUCCAGGUGCAUGCACAGAUGGAGCUUGGCCAGCCUUCACGGCCCCGACGUUAGCUGGGUGGUGGUGGUGGGAGGAGAAGGAAGGGUCAUGAAAAAAGUCAUCCACUAAGAAAACCUGCCCCUUAGAGAUUACACCCCCCACUGCCCUCCCCCAGUGAACAGGCGUAUGCAAAACACAGUCCCCCAGGUUUAAACUGCCUGAUUCGUGGUCUGGUAUUCUGAAAUAGCUGCCUGGGAGUGGGGAUCUACGUGUCCCGCCAGCUUUUCUGACACGAUCAGUGAACUGCUUUGCAAAGAACCCUCCUAGGGCAGGAUUUCUUUUUGUAGCUUCCCGUAGAAGUCUAGCCCACAGACGGGUUCUCUUCCUUAGUCUUUGCUUUUCCUCCUUCUUUGAGCUCACAUCUGUUGCUUGCAUUUCGUUUGUCUUCUUGAGAAUACAUAGACUAGACUCAAUACAGAAAAGAGACCUUUCGGUUGGGAGCAGAUGACCCAUCCUUCCCGUUCUCUAGCCCACCCUUCGACACUGCCUGACAGUUGGGAAUUUCCAUAGUUCCCAAGGAGGAUUAGCAGAUUACAGUGAGUUCACACUACCAAGGUGCCACUGGAAGGUUCACAGAGCCUGGGAAUAUAUCAGCUAUCUCUAAGAGAACUGCAAAUCCUCUUCAUUAGCAGACGCCGCUUUGACUGUGGCUGCCCUAAGUCCCACCGUGGCAGUGGCAGCUCAACCUCGAGUCAGUGGUUGGACUGAGCCCGUUAGAAGAGCCCCCGGAGCUGUCUACCUUUCUCUUGUUUUCCUUUUGGAACGCACUGAUUCUUUUCACGAGGAGGACACUUGACCUAGAAAAGUUAACUUUUGAGAGUUAGGUAAAAGAAUAUUUUCUUCUCUGAAAAAAAGAAAUCCUAUUUUCACAGCGAAGAUUGCAGUAUUUUAUCACUAAUGAAUGAGCAGUGAUGUGUAUCGACUUCAAGACACGUGGACAUUUUCUUCAGAGUAUGUGCAAUUUAACAUAGAAGGGUUCUGCCUGUUGGGACCUUAGGUUUGGGGUAGUGUAAAUUAGGAUAAAUAACCUUUUAUAUACACAGAUACUACAGUAUUGCCUGUAAAUUGAUUUACAACUACUUAAAGCAUGGUCCCCACUGAGGCCAAGAAAAGUUUCCAGUUCCGUUCUUUUAUUAUCAGUCCCAUGUUUUUCCUUAUUUUUUCUUUUUAAGUGGUUUUGAACAAAACCUUUUACUUACUGUGGGGCUUUGGCGGUGGACAGUGGGGAAAAACGCUCAGGAAAUAUUACAGAUAUUUGCCAAAAAAGUAAUAAGAUGAUCUUAUUAAUAAGGUAGUGAUGUUGACAUUUGCUUUCCUAUUUAAGGAUGUCACUGACAAUGUGUACUUCUGUAUCUCACGAAGUAUAGAUUCUUCCCCCGAGGUGAUAUGAAUUCUUUAGCACACUGUACACAUAGGUGACUCGUGGAAGUGCAAUAACCUGGUGGUUGAAUUUUCAAGGAUGCUCACCUGACCGGCACCCCAAUCAGCGGCUUUAAAAGGAUUUAUAAAUAUCUGUAUUUAUUCAAUUUGGGGGCUCAAAGGCAUAAGGAGUGUAACACGGUGUGGGGGCUGUCUAAAAACCACCAGCGUCAGACCACUGUAGGAAAUAUGACCCACAUAAAAGGCUAAUGUCCCCUCCAACCUUUCUCUUUCAUUUCAACACUCUGAUUUUAUUCCCAUCCAGCUUUGACUAUGAACUGAAGCCGACUGUUUUUAUUCUUGGCCCUAGGUGAUUGUAGGUGUGGAAAUUUAUAUACGGACUCAUACUCCUUGUCUCUUUUCCCCCCCGGCCACACAAAACCAGAUCUUAAGAUGCCGACAGAGCAUGUGUGGCCGUCUUUCCUCAUAAGUGCAACGGGAAACUUUCAGGCCCAACUGGAAUGUGCAGCUCUUCGGUUUUCUCAUGUCCCGAUACCAUGGUCUUUCCUUUCUCCUGCAGAGCAGCCACCACGUUUCAGCGUCAAGAGACAGAGCUGUUUUAGUUUAAAAAAAAAAAAAGUUUAAAAACUAGCUUCAUUAAACUGUUCAGUAAGAUUGUUGCAUUAUCUGUGAACUGAAAACAUACAAAUGAAGGGCUCCGAUAGGCUAUGGGUUAGGGACCGUUGUCUGGGGAUGUCUGGGCUGUGUUCAGAUUUAGGAAGAGCACCGUGUUGUCUUGAUUUUGGUUGCAGUCUCACCUGGCUCCGUUUCUUGUACCACCGGGAGUGUCCGUCACCUCCUGGGAAUUGCUACAACAGUGGAACAAUCAUGAUGCGAGACUGUGUAGAUAAACAAUAGAGGAGAAAUGAUGCCCUUAGUGUUAACAAUGUGCCUUUUUUCUGAAUGCCAUGUAGGGCAUGCAUUUGGGGGCCUCUUUAACUCUUUGAUUACUAGGCAGUAAGGAUGGAAUCCACCUCUGCAAAGAUACAUCUGUCUUAAAUACCUAGUUACUCCCAGGCCUUAAUAGAGACCAUAAGGCGCGCAUCCUCAUCCGCCACUGAGAGGUAACCCUUGGUUAGUUACACCCGGAAAUCCUAUGUUUAAGGAGUUAAAAAGGUGGUCUUUGUUGUAUCUUUACAUCAGACUGGUUUUAAGUACUAUUUUGUUAGGCUAACACUAGACAGAAAUCAACUGUAUUUGUAAAAAUUUACCUCAAACCAUUUGAUUUUAUAGCGUGAUUAAUCCCAGGGCAUUUGGUCUGAACCAAAGUGCAUUUCUUUUCUAUGUGCCUGGCUCUAGUAUGGACGGCCAGGGAUUUUUACAAUUUGGGUGCAAGGCACUUAUGCCACUUUCAAACCCGCUGGGUGGUUGGGAGUCAUGCUCGCCGGCUCCCUCAGUGUGAGGGAGCCCUGUAGGCGUCAACAGCAUUGGGCCAUAUUGGAAUCUUCAACGCUGGAUUCUUUCAAAGAACAUUUUUGUAAUCUUUUUCAUCAAGACUUUUCUGGUAAGCAGAAGACAAAACACACAUGAUAGAGUUGGUGAAGGUUUUAAUAUUGCCCAGCAUAAUGCUGUGGUCACAUGAAAAAGAACAAAGUAUUUGUGAACUCUUUUUCUUCGGGGCUUGUACAUCUCUCUGCUAUGAACAUAUAUAUAUAUAUAUAUGUAUAUAUAUAUAUAUAAUUCAUUGUAAUUAUACUCAGCUCAACUGCUACAGUGAUGUCUACGUAGUGGCUUGGGUUCUUAUCGAGCAACGACUUAGACACGUGACUGUAAUAUGCUGCAACUGUGUACUGAAAAUAUGUGAAAAUGGUUGAAUGUGGACUGUGUAUAUAUGUAUGUACAAAUUUCUGUGAGAUGCUGCUGUCACCACUUAACAUUAAAUAUGUUCUAGUGGAUUUUAACCCUAGUGGCCAGUUCUAUGAUACUGUAUGUAUUGUACAGCUGAUGACAGGAGUAAGACUGUUUGGUGAAUAUUUGUUAAAUUUUAUUGUUGUGGCCAGAGAUAAUUUCAGAAUAAAAUUUUAAUGUCCUACCUUA